CACCACUACCACCUUGUGGAGUCGUGGUGCCCCAAAGACAUCGAGACUGAAAGGAGGUGUUUACCUACCAUCGUGUGUAGGCAAUAUUGGGGCAAUGACAUUUGUACUGCAUGCCGCGAGCGCCAACACCUCAGUAACCGCCCCUGGGCGAUGCUGAUCCAGAGCCCAGAGAGCAUAAUGUCAUACACCCCACAGCUGAGCGCACAGUAG